AUCCGGACCCUGGAAAGAGAAAGCAAGCAGAUCCCGAGCGAUUCCGAAAGCCACCUGACAAAACUGCUGUUAACCCCCCGGCGGCUAUGAGGAAAGCAUCCCAUGAAAGUCCCAGCCUCAAGAAAAGCCCCCUCGCAUCUAGUCCCAAGAGGCUGUCUCCCUGGAAAAGCAGUCCCAGGAAAGACCAUACAACGAGUUCUUUCAACUUGUCCCCGAGGCAUCUCGUCACCGCUCAAGCCAAGCGUCGCUCUUGGCGUCGUUCGAGCCUGAAGGGGACAAAACACCGAAGGUCUCUGCCUCCUGUUCACCGAGAUGUCACUGAGAUAAGCAAAUCGAUUAGCCUGGAGCUGCCGGAGACAGAGCGGCUUUCAAUGCUGCUGUUGUCCAGUUUCCAGUUUUCGGCAGAGAAGCUCGAACACGUCCUGAAGCAGACGGACGGCUUUAGCCCCAAGGCUUUCCAGGCGAACGUGCACUCGGUUUCAGAAGACCUGAAGCGAUACCUGCAGAAGCUGGAACGAGACGGGACGCUCCAGAGCUGCGUGAAAGACCCCGAAGGGGGGUCACUGGACUCGGCUUUCGACGCGUCGGUGGCCCAAGUGAAGGAGUACAUCGCCAGGUUUACGGCCGAGUGUCAGUCCUGGGAUCAGCUCCUGCUGCGCUACCAGCAAAGUGCUGAAGAAACCUCCAGGCAGCUGGAGGAGUGCAGGAGGGACGGGGGGCGGGCAGAGCCCCCAACUUACCUCCAGACAUCUCAGGCCGAGGUCCUCCGCAGCAAACCCAACUACCAGAAGAUCCUGGAUGACCAGGGGGAGGUGCUGAGCUGCAUGGAGCUGGUGCUCGACGAACUACAGCAGGCCGUGAAGCUGCUGGAGGCCUUCAGCGAGGACAGCCGGCAGUACCUCCGGCGCCUGUCGGAGCAGCUCG